AUCCGAAAGACGAUCAAGUUGAUCAGAACCGUACGGUGUAAUCGGAAGAAGAGAGUUCGACACGAUUCGGAAGUUGGUUUGGCUGUACGAACUCGGGCCGCAAGUAAACCCCUGGCACGGGGAGGAGUUCGUGCUCCCAAAGAUUCGCUCUCGAGCUCUUUUCAUUUUCUAUUAUUAUUACGAGUAGCAGUAUUCCCUAGCUUUUCGAUCUCUUUCUUUGUUGGUUUAUUAUAUUCUGUUCCGCGGCGGAGGCCAGAACCUAGAAGCCGCAGCUCUCCCUCCCGGCGCCGCCGUCCCGCUCGCCGGCCGCGAAAAACAGAAACAGGGUAUUUAUGUCCUUUUGUUGACACAAAGAGCCAAUGGCGAGAGGACUGGAUUCAGAUUAUAUCGGUUCUCUUUCACUCAUGGAUGGAUUUGAUAUGAGUAUCAACUUUGAUGGGUUUGGAGAAAAUAUGAAGAAGUUCAUGGAGUUACCGAUUAAGUAUCUUGAUUCUGCUCACGAUAAAGCUGUUGGGCUAGUUGAAGAUAUCCAUGCGUUGAUUUAUGCUCCCUAUCCUGACAAUGAAUUAUCAAACAAAGGCCAGAGGACAUUAAUGGAUCCAUCUAGUAGCAACCCCAUAACUGGAUCUAACCCCACAUUUGCUGAAAUGGAGCAAGCUAACUCUGACGAAGAAGUCUCCAGUUCUCCUUCAUCUCUCCUUACAGCGGAAGAUAGUUCUCUCUGUUCAACUGAUACUGAUGCUCAUGAAACUGAAUCGGUUACAUCUAAAAGUCCAGACUGCUGCACAUCUGAAGACACCAUUUCACUUGAGAGAACUGCUGGCACCAAGGAGAAAAUUAUCUUAUGCAGUUCAGAAAAUCUCCCAGAUAGCUGCACUCCUGAAAAUUGCAAUUCUCUAGUGAGAACUGUGAGCAGCGAGGAUGAAAUUAUUUUAUGGAACCCAGGGAAAUCUUUAAAACCACCACAACCACCUGAACAAGCCACCAUAGUCCAAGAUUAUGCAUCUCAAGAAGCGAAUACAGAGAGAGUCAUCAAGCAAGUUGGAGUUUAUGGUUCAACUUCAGGAAAUACUGAUACAGAACCUUCUGCUUGUGAUGGUGCAGUUCUGUUCACAAUUAUUACAGCAAAUGGUGAAGAGCAAUCAGGAUUAUACAGUACCAACGGCCAUGAAGAAUCAGGAAAGCACGGUUUGUACAUUAUUUACUCUUGAAAUGUGUGCACAAGACUCUAAUUUGCUUUUGCAGUAUUUAAAUCCGCUUCCAGCAGAAUGCAAAUAAUUAAAUUAUUCUGAAUCUAAUAACUUAUACAGAGAAUAAUAUAAUGCUUCUGUGUGCUAAAUAGGUAACAUAAUGAUUUUUUCUGGUGAGACUAGUUCACAUUACUUGAGCGCAGAUGUGUUCAGUGGUGCUGAAGAUCCUAAUAUGUUAGCUGACGAGAUCACAGAUUUUGUUGAUAUAGACCUCCGGGGUGGCCAGGUGUUGAUGAAAUAUGAUAAAGCAGAGGCAUCCUUGGUUCCUCAGCCAAAGAACAGAUCAUUCAAGAAAGUAUUGAUGAGGAGUUUGUCGAAUAAACUCCGGUGGUCAAAGAAGGAUAUGAAUGUGCAUCAAGUGGUCCCCAUUAGACCACAUAAAGGAGUAAAUGCUUGCUAUGAAGUAGUCUCUUCAUCAGAUGAUCUGGAGGAUGAUUGGGAACUCUUGUAAAUAUGCAAGAAAUGUCUCUGCUACAGGGAUAAUGUAUAACUAAAGAGGAUGGAAACGUGGGGUUUGUAUCUUGGCACUAUCUAUCACUGUACCGGCAUAACUGUAAAUCUCGUUGAGCUUGUGUAAUUAUGUAAAGCCCUUCAAAAUUUUCCUUCAUGACCUGAUAAUCUACUAACAUUUCUUA